AUGACCAGCUCGGUUCAUUAUGACAGACCAAUAAGACACCAGGCAGAGUGUUAUGGAACGAUUGGACAUACCCGCCUCUCAUCUGAUUCUUCAAGCCUCUUCAUCCUACCGAUUUCGGCCAUACGAUUCGAAAAAGCAGAGAGGAGAGGGCUGAUCAUGGACUCCUACGGUACCGAGAUCAUCAUCAUCGUCUCACCUACUACUACCGCACUACUCAGAGUAUCGUAG